UUUUACUGGCACGGGUUUAUGAAGGCACUAGAGUUUGCUUUUGGGUUUGAAAUGGUGUGUUCAGACCUCGGUCCAGUGCUUUUUAUCGCUUCUCGGCCUAUCGGCUAAGAUCAAGUGUAGUAUCAGGUGCUUUUUCACGUGUGUAUCAUCAGCCUGGGCACCACGCAUUGCGUCGUGGUUGCUUAGGUGAAUCAGCCAUGGACAGACCAGCGCCUGCCCAACGCCCAACGAAAGCCCAGUGCUUUCUCUUCAAUGUACCGGUUUCGACGCCGGUUGACGCCAUCAUCGACUCCAUCGAAGAAGUCGUAGGUGCCGGAGGGUUGCAGUAUCUGCAACAUCACGGCGGCAACAAGUUCUUGGCAGCUGUCCGCUCCGCGGCCCAGGCAGCCAAGAUGGCGGCAAAAGGUUCCCUGCUGCUCGCCAACAAAGUCGUACCGCUGGAACGCAUGGGCACUCCAGUGGUUUAUGUGACGGUCUACCGUCUUCCACCCUGUGUCAGUGACGACGCCCUGAUCGCUGCACUUGCACCAUAUGGGAAGUGCCGCGGCAUUUCCGACGUCGUUUUCAAAGACAGGACGGACAUCAGCAAUGGCAGCCGACUGGUCAAGCUUGAGAUGGUAAAACCUCCACCGAAUUUCAUCAUGGUGACUGGCUUUCGGGUAAUGCUGGAAUACAAAGGAAUGAAGAGAGUGUGCUCCAAGUGCGGAGCAGAAGGUCAUUUUGGGGCCUCCUGCUCAUCAGCUCGAUGCGCCCGAUGUGCCAUUUUCGGCCAUGCGACUGCAACGUGCAACGCGCCAUGCAGACGUUGUAAUGGCGAGCACGCCACUGUUGACUGUGUGUUGCCACGUUCGUAUGCUGCUGCAGUGACACCAGUGACGCCCGCCCAGCCAGGACCGGGCGAGAAUACCUCUGAAGAGGCAGCACAGACGCAAGCCACAGAUCAACCAGAAAAAGAAAGUGCCCCAGAGGCGUCGACGCCAGCGUCCCCCGAUGCCAGCGACGCUGCGUCUUCUCCCUCCACUGACGAAGAGAGCAACGAGACGCCACCUGCCACAAUGGCGUCGUCUGCCACGGAAGACGAUGAAGAGCCUACGUUAGACGCCCAGUCUACGCUAUCAGAGCGGGAACGGCUCCUUGCAUGUGCUCCAACACCGAACGCUAGCGGGAACGCGGCUGGACGCCAUCGCGGCCUCCCCGAAGUCUCGGCCGGUCCGUCGAGGUUCACGCCGGUUGCCAAGACAACGACCGCGCUUGCGAGUGGUGCUAGUACAGCGGUGAAUGAGAGACGCACGCGCUCGCAAAUAGUGUCUGAAGACGCCAAGAGAAUGCUCUCUUCAGAGAGCUCUACGUCAUCAGAACCAAUGGCGACACCCUCCAAGAAAUGCAAGAAAAUGCCACGAGACACCACUACCAUGGACGUUGUCUCCGAUCCGGAGACGUACUAACAAUGGCGCCUUACACUGCACCUGCUGCCCGUAAGGGCUGCUCUUCCUUUACUCCCCGCUACGAAGCUCAGGCAGCGUUGACGGAACGAUGUAUGGCGCAGACAUCGCGUUUCCGUCCCUGUGCGAGCGUCUGCAACCUCGGUAUUUUAGUAAUCAGCUUGCUUCCGACUCACUUGUGUGAUGAACGUGAACAGUGCCCGUUUCGCUUUCGCUGCUGUGAUACUCCUAAGUCAUUGCUGACUUUGCUGUGUUCUGGCUGUUGCACUGAUGUACGACGCCGAUUCAGUUCGCAACUAGUUGUGGUAAGCCAUUUGUCUUAGUCUAUUUCGGUACGCAACUAACUCAACAUGUAUUUGCACAUAAUGACACUUAACGCACAAGGAUUUCGUAGCAUAAAUAAGCAGAGGGAAGUAAUUCAUUUUGCUCGCGAGAAAAAAGUCGACCUCCUGUUUCUUCAGGAGUGUAACUUGAGAAACAAGCAGGACGUAAAAAGAUUUUGCGAUGAAUUUUCUGUUAAAGCUUAUUUUUCAUAUAGCCCCGGGAGAUGUCGCGGUGUAGGAGUGGUGGUUUUUCGUAGGGUGCUUCUACAUGGAAGUCACCGCCUUUUUGACUUGGAAGGUCGUGUGAUAGCUUUUGAUUUUUUCUGGGGUGAGAGGAAAGUUCGGGCAUUGAAUGUCUAUGGACCCGCCGUAUGGUCAGACCGCAAUGACUUCUUUGCGAGACUCUCCCCCUUUUUGUUAGACAACCACCCAUUCUUUAUCGUUGGCGAUUUCAACUGUGUGCUCGACCCCAUGCGCGACUCACGAGGGCCACGACAAUACGCUUCCAACGCGCACGCAACUGAAUUAUCUCGUAUAGUGAAAGAAUACAAUUUAUCGGAUGCCUGGGUCCAUAUGCAUGGCGGAAGUUUUGGCGCCACAUGGCAGCAAAGGCAAUCGCAAUGUCGUCUAGAUCGAAUGUAUUUCCCCCCUGAAUUAACAGCGCAAAUUGUCCAGUGCAGCAUCCUCGAUCUCCCCGCGGACGCUGGGCACAUUUCAGAUCAUCGCCCUUUCGCUGUCAUAUUGAACCUCGAGGGAAGGCCAGGUGAACGCACUGACAUGUGGAGACUAGACAUUGCUUCUUUGCGUGACCAGGCGACUCUAACCGAAUUAAAAGCGUCAGUAGCUACAGCAGUUUGCGAUUGUGAAUGCAAUAUCGAAGCGUGGGAUACUUUAAAGGAAAGGUGGAGGUCAGUAUGCAUAGCAGCUAGCAGGAAACGGAAAAGAAAAGAGACCGAGCAGCUUUGUGAGUGCCUGAGAAGGAUAAGAAUAGUACGAGACGGUAACUCCCAAACACAGUUAAUCCGCGAAUACCUAGAUCUUCAGCGUGAACGCUACCAUAGACUUCUGAGCUGGUACUCUCGCACCUCUGCAAAGGCGUGGAUGACCAACAGACCAAUUUCCGACCCUGAGGUACUGCGGCUGGCUAGUGCGUCCAGCAGAAGGCAGAAUGGCAGCUCUUUCAUUGAAAGAGUUAUAAUAGAAGAUGGCACAGAGAGUGGUGCGAGGCGAGAUAUCGAAAGAAUUUUUUGGAACUGGUUCUCAGACGCAUUUUCAUCGGAAAAGAUUUAUGAUGCAGAGCUCUUGAGUGAAGAAAUUUCAGACUUUUGCGCUAACCUACCUCAAGUAGAAGAUACAGAAGUCCAGAAUUUAUUGUCUCCAACAAAUCUGCAAGAAGUUUUUGAUGUUAUACGAUCUAUGAACAGCGGAUCAACACCCGGUCCAGAUGGCUUACCAGUCGAAUUUUACCGAUCUUGCUGGGAGGAAGUAGGCACUGCCUUAGUGUCGCUCCUUAACGGCAUUCUUGCACGGGAAGGUAUUCCUAAAUCGUUUAAUCGGGGUCGCGUAAUGCUCUUGCCAAAGCCAGACUCCAACCUUGCAGAACCCUCAUCCUGGAGGCCUAUAACGCUGCUCAACACAGACUAUAAAAUAUUGACAACCCUUCUUGUAAAUCGCAUGAAAAUAUUAUUGCCGAAAAUAGUCAGUGUACAUCAAACAUGUUCCGUGCCGGGUCGGAGUAUAUUUUCAUCUCUCAACUUAACACGUGAUAUCAUAGAAUACACAACAGCGCGUGAAGCUUCAGGAGUAUUAGUAAGCUUGGACCAAGCCAAAGCGUUCGACCGCUUAGAACACCAGUACUUAUUUGAGGUUUUACGAUGCUAUAACUUCCCUGACGAGUUUGUAGACAUCCUGCGGAUGUUGUAUUCGCGAACAACAGCUGAGCUACUGCUUAACGGCAUUGUAACACCUAGAUUUGAUGUGACAAGGGGAGUGCGGCAGGGUUGUCCUUUGUCACCCAUAUUGUUUGUGCUUGCGAUUGACCCGUUGUUGAGGCGGUUUAACGUGAGCCCGCUCAUAAGAGGUCUUCCUAUGCCGGGAUCCGGGUGCAUAAAAGUAUCGGCGUAUGCGGAUGACAUCACUUUGUUUUUACGGGAUGGGGACAGUCUAGUAGAGGUAUUUCGUAUUUAUAAUCAAUAUGCUUCACUGUCAGGGGGCAAAAUAAAUAUGAGAAAAUGUGAAGCAUUAAAUUUAGGUCGCGGCGAAAUAACGCUACCUGGGGACAUUAAACAGACCGAGCAUAUGCAAAUAUUAGGUAUCAAAUUUUGUACAAGUGGUGUUUCACCUCACACGUGGCGAGAAAUUGUCAGCUCCAUUAAAGAACAGUCAGAAGCAGUGACUGCGUCGCCACUGCCGCUGGCAGAAAGGGCUUUCUUCAUUAAGAACGUAUUGUGCAGUAAACUGUGGUUUGCUGCAAGGGUAGCUCUCCCGCCGUCACCAACAGUUCGAGUAGUAAACUCACUUAUUUUCUCAUGGUUCUGGCUAAACAAGUCGCAAUACGUAGCGCAGCAAUUUUUGCGUCUGCCAAAAUCCAGUGGAGGAUGGAGCUUGCCGUGCAUAGUUACAUUCGGUAGGCUGUUGUGCACUAAGUGUACAUGUGAUCUACUUGAUGAUGAUGAGUACCCUGGUAGGCCACUGCUCCUUUAUUGGCUGGGCCAUUACCGUCGAACGCUUAUGCCGCAGAGUACAGGCAACUUGCUUCCGACGGCGGUAACGCCGGCACCGCAGUACGCGGCGGCUGCGCGCUUGCAAAGCCAGCUUGUACAACUCAGAAUCACAAAGUGGCGUGCGACACCAGUUUCCAGGCUUUGUGAAAUGCUGUGUGAGACGGCUGUACCUCCACGGACAGCUACUACACAAACAUGGACAGCUGUGCUUUCACCUGAUUUGCCCUCUCAGGUGAAGGACUUUCAUUGGCAAUAUCAGUGGGGCAUUCUACCUACAAAAGACAGGCUUAGACGCUGGCAUAUGGUAGCGAAUGAUAAAUGCAUAUAUUGCGCACAAACAGAGACCAACGCGCAUGUAGUAAAGGACUGCGUUGUGGCACGCACCUUCUGGAAGCUAGUUGCAAGAAUGUUCGGAAUAUCCAUCGUGCGGCCACCACAGCGCCGAGAUCGGUUUGCGAGUCUCGUCUACUACAGCGCUAGCUACAUUUUGUGGUGCUUCCGUAACAUCGCAGAACGAUCUCGGCAGACAAAUAGACCAAUGUACCCCAGAUUGCGGAAACUACGGGUGUAAAUAUGGGGUCAUCUUGAAGAACAGUUGUUCAAGCUCGGUGAAGUCGAGUUUCUUCGCCGCUGGUCUACGCGGUACAUAACCGUCUCCCGAGGCAGAGUCUCUCUACAGCCAGAAUAAUGCUCAAUUCGGUUGCCCGAGUUCAGGCUGUGUCAGUAUGUGCCCCGAGUACCUUUCAUAAAUUCGAGGCCGACAAUAAUGCUUUUACGUGGAUGUGGUAAUGAGUUUUGUUGUUGUUGUUGUUGUGUGUGGCAAAGCCAGUAUCAAGACGACACCAUUUAUUAUUUCAUUUGUUAAUCUUUUUUGUUUACAUCAAGUAUGAUGUAUUACAUGUGAUGUACCUCAUACUGUACUUUUCGUUCCUACCACUGUUGUAAGUGUGCCUACGGGUGAAUAAAUUUCCUUUUCAAUCUGUUCUUAUCAGCUUAAUAUCUGAUACGGGUCCUAUUUGGACCCAAGAUAUUAAACUUAUUUUUGGAAUGGGGCGGAGUGCUUGAAGCUUGCUUCACCUCCGCCACGGGUUGGCCCGGUAUUGCACUGCCUCCGGGAUCGGCCCACU